AUGGAUAUGAGUGAAGUUUAUUCUCAUGAUACUAUAAGUGCUAAAACGAAAAGGGUUACCCAGAUCAUCAUAACUGAUGACGAAAUCAGCUAUGAUGACAACUCACCAACAACCACACUCCGGGCACAACAUAAUACUACGUUUAGUACAGGUUAUUCGGAUGAAGUCGAAGAUUAUGAAAGUAAGCAAUCCCCAACGAAGCUGAAAUCAGAAUCUGAAAACGAACAAGAGGAUGAAAGCAGUUGCGGCUUAAACCAAACUAUCCGCCUUGACGUAUAUAGUUCAAGUGACGAGGAAGACAAUGAUGGUCCAGAGGAUGGAUCAACAAGUGAACGUGAUACUUUGGGUGGAUUUAUUGUUAGCGAUAAUGAAGAUGAACCCAAUGAUGAAGAUGAACCCAAUGAUGCAGAUGAUCAUGAAUUAGAGGAAGUUUUGGACCCAUUUGGGAGACAAAAUGUUUCAAAUCAAAAGUGGGAUUUUGAGGGAGAGAUGUUAGCCGAUUUUGGUAAAAACACUGAACUGUGUAUUAGGGCUGUUUGUGUUCUUUAUAGGCAACAAGCAGCAGAUGAGAAAGCAGCUAAAGAAACUAUAUACCGAAAUAAUAGAGGGUUUAGCCAGGCUGAUGCAUCAAGGGGUUGUAAGCUGGCUGAAUUUCUCACGAAUAGAAACCCGGCUGGGAUCCUGAAAAAAACAGUGGAAGAAUUGAAACAGCAUAACGUCAAGUGGAUCAAAUUAUGCCAUGCACUUGCAGCUAAAUACUCUAAGCAGUUAUUUCAAAUUUACGAGAACAAAGAAGAUCCUUAUUUCCCAGAAUGACUGGUUCGUGCCAUUGUAUGAAAAAAAAAACCGUUUAUUU